UUUAGCAUUAGUUUUGGAAAUCCCUUCAGCAUAAUUCACUUGACAGAAAUUUACAAAUUCUAAAUCAGCUUUUCACCAUGGCUCUGAAUGUUGCUCCCGUCAGAGAUACAAAAUGGCUAACAUUAGAAGUUUGCAGGCAGUUUCAGAGAGGAACUUGUUCACGCUCUGAUGAAGAAUGCAAAUUUGCACACCCCCCUAAAAGUUGCCAGGUUGAAAAUGGAAGGGUAAUUGCCUGCUUUGAUUCUUUAAAGGGUCGUUGUACAAGGGAGAACUGCAAGUACCUUCAUCCACCAACGCAUUUAAAAACUCAACUGGAAAUCAAUGGCAGGAACAACUUAAUCCAACAAAAAACUGCAGCAGCAAUGCUUGCCCAGCAAAUGCAGUUCAUGUUUCCAGGGACACCGUUACAACCAGUGCCCACGUUUCCAGUGGGUCCCACAAUAGGAACGAACACGGCUAUUAGCUUUGCUCCUUACCUAACGCCAGUAACACCAGGAGUUGGCUUAGUCCCGACUGAGAUCCUACCCACGCCACCUGUCAUUGUUCCUGGAAGUCCACCAGUUUCAGUGCCCAGUUCAACUGCUACCCAGAAACUCCUCAGGACUGAUAAAUUGGAGGUGUGCAGGGAGUUCCAGCGGGGAAACUGUGCACGUGGAGAGACUGAUUGCCGCUUUGCGCAUCCAGCAGACAGCACAAUGAUUGACACAAACGACAACACCGUAACUGUGUGUAUGGAUUACAUAAAAGGUCGUUGCAUGAGGGAGAAAUGCAAGUAUUUUCACCCUCCUGCACAUUUGCAGGCCAAAAUCAAAGCGGCUCAACACCAAGCCAACCAGGCUGCAGUGGCAGCCCAGGCAGCUGCGGCAGCUGCGACUGUGAUGACUCAGUCGACUGCCAAAGCAAUGAAGCGACCUCUCGAAGCAACUGUAGACCUGGCCUUUCCUCCUGGUGUUCUUCACCCUUUACCAAAGAGACAAGCACUUGAAAAAAGCAAUGGUGCCAGUGCCGUUUUCAAUCCCAGUGUCUUGCACUAUCAACAGGCUCUUGCCAAUGCUCAGUUGCAGCAACAUGCAGCCUUUAUCCCAACAGGGUCAGUUUUGUGCAUGACACCCGCUACCAGUAUUGAUAAUCCUGAAAUAGCCGGCAGGAGCGGAACGGAGUGUCACGAAGCCUCCCUGCGGACAGCCAAGCAUGGCUACUGUACAUACUACCCCGUCUCCUCCUUUCUAGAGUUGCCACAAACUGCAUGCUAAGUCAAGAAUUUGUUCUUAUGGACAAAUCACAAACUCGAAAAAGCUAGUGCUGCUAUGUCAUAUAUGAAUAUUAAAUAUGGUAUGCUUACUAUACUCCAACCUAAAAUAGUUAACUACCUGAAUACCAGCUGUGAUGUUUCAAGACAUAAAAGGGUAAUGUUUAGUUUUAAAGAUUUUCUAAGCAUAGUUUAAUUCUUGAAAAUAUUGUCUUUUCUCCAUAACUAUACCCUAACGGAAAUGGUCCAGUCAAGUCAGUCUCAUGAGAUUCAGUGUUCAUGAAUCUUUCGAGCUCAGCAAUAAGUAAGUUGUAUUGGCUAAAAACCUAUCCCAGUUGCAGGUUUAAUUUUCACCUGAGCUAUGAUUGGAGUUUUUCUUCUCGGUUUAAAAAAUAAAAAAAAGUAAAUUAAUCUUGGUUUUGCUCCCUUAGUGAGUUGAUUCCAAGACAGUGGAAGUGAAACGCAGCCCAGUGUCCUGCACGUCACCCUGCCAAACCUGAGUAUGUUUAGCCAGAAGUCCAAAAUAAAGCACAAAUUCUUUAGAUGCACAUGGUUGGUGUUUGACCUGUAUGGAGAAGUUGCAUUUGAAUCAUAGCAGAAUAGCAGAAUAAAAUUUAAAAAUUUUGCACAGUAUGAACUUCAUACCCCUUUCAAUCCCCAAAAGAACAAAGUCUUGAGAAUAUUAUUUUACAAGUGUAUUUAUAAUGUUUUUAAAAGAGACUUUGCAGAAGUGCCUAAAUUUUGUCACAUCAGACUUGAUGAAAGUGAGCCUGAUGCCAACAGUGAAAUCUCACCGGAAGCAAAUAAUCUUUCAAGCUCAUAAUCAGGUUACCAAAAAGAUCCAAGCUGUUAAGGAGUUACUUCUAGACAUGUAAAAUCAAUCAAACAAACAAACAAAAAAGACCAAACUAAGAGAAGGCGAAAAGGAAGGCUGUAGAUGACGAGAUUUGUAUGACAUGCUGAUUUAAUUAAAAUUCAGUUGAGUCACUGAAACUUCAUAGGUGACUUUAAUCUAGACUAUUAACUGAACACUAAGAAUGUAGAAUGAGAUUCAGUUUAGUAAAUCAUUACUGUAU